CCAUCCACAAAUAUCUUCCAACUCAAUUAUUCAUCAAAGCUUCCUCUGUAAAAUCUCUUGCCACUUCGAUCCGUUGUGUUAGCUCGUAAGUGAGAUAUGGGAAGUACUCCUGCUGAGUUACCCUGCGAGGAUGUCGCCGAUAACAGAUCCGGCGUCGGAGGUGGUAUCUCCGACGUGUACGGCGAGGAUUUAGCUACCUUGGAUCAGCUCGUCACUCCUUGGGUUACCUCCGUCGCUAGUGGAUACUCGUUGAUGCGUGACCCAAGAUACAACAAGGGACUUGCGUUCACUGAUAAAGAGAGAGAUGCUCAUUACUUAACUGGUCUUCUUCCCCCUGUUAUCAUUAGCCAGGAAGUUCAGGAGAGGAAGCUGAUGCACAAUCUCCGCCAGUACACUGUUCCUCUUCAGCGUUACAUGGCCCUCAUGGAUCUGCAGGAAAGGAACGAGAGGUUGUUCUAUAAGCUUUUGAUUGACAACGUGGAGGAGCUGCUUCCAGUUGUGUACACACCAACAGUUGGUGAGGCUUGCCAGAAGUAUGGUAGCAUUUUCAGGAAGCCACAAGGUCUUUACAUCAGCUUGAAAGAGAAGGGCAAGAUUCUUGAAGUGUUAAAGAACUGGCCUCAGAGAGGGAUUCAAGUUAUCGUUGUUACUGAUGGAGAGCGCAUUCUCGGUCUGGGAGAUCUUGGUUGCCAGGGAAUGGGAAUUCCAGUGGGGAAGCUUUCUCUUUACACCGCUUUGGGAGGAAUCCGUCCAUCAGCUUGCCUUCCAAUCACCAUAGAUGUGGGUACAAACAACCAGAAGUUGCUGGAUGAUGAAUUCUACAUUGGCCUUAAACAGAGAAGGGCAACUGGGCAGGAGUAUUCAGACUUUCUGCAUGAGUUCAUGUGCGCUGUGAAGCAGAACUAUGGAGAGAAAGUGUUGGUACAGUUUGAAGAUUUUGCAAACCACAAUGCGUUUGACCUUCUGUCUAAGUACAUGGAUACUCAUCUUGUCUUCAAUGACGAUAUCCAGGGUACUGCAUCAGUGGUGCUUGCUGGGCUUAUUGCCGCUCAGAAGGUGCUUGGUAAAAGCCUUGCUGACCAUACCUUCUUGUUCUUGGGUGCCGGAGAGGCUGGAACUGGUAUUGCUGAGCUAAUUGCUCUUAAAAUUUCGAAAGAGACAGGAGCUCCCAUCGAGGAGACCAGGAAGAAGAUUUGGCUUGUGGACUCCAAGGGACUGAUCGUUAGCUCCCGCAAAGAGUCGCUUCAGCACUUCAAGCAGCCAUGGGCUCAUGAGUACGAACCUGUCAAGGACCUCAUUGGUGCUGUGAAUGCAAUCAAACCAACUGUUCUCAUUGGAACAUCAGGCGUGGGUCAGACUUUCACAAAGGAAGUUGUUGAAGCCAUGGCUACCAACAACGAGAAACCCUUGAUUCUUGCUCUCUCAAACCCUACUUCUCAAGCUGAGUGUACCGCUGAACAGGCUUACACAUGGACCGAGGGACGUGCAAUCUUUGGUAGUGGAAGCCCGUUUGAUCCCGUUGAGUACAACGGCAAAACUUACUUGCCUGGCCAGGCAAACAACUGUUACAUUUUCCCGGGUCUGGGACUUGGUUUGAUCAUGUCGGGUGCCAUUCGUGUCCGUGAUGACAUGCUUCUCGCAGCUUCUGAAGCGUUGGCAGCUCAAGUCACAGAAGAGAAUUUUGCCAACGGUCUGAUCUACCCGCCAUUCUCAAACAUCAGAGAGAUCUCUGCUAACAUUGCGGCCAGUGUCGCCGCAACAACCUAUGACCUCGGAUUGGCGUCGAACCUGCCACGUGCAAAGGAUCUGGUGAAGUUUGCAGAGAGCUGCAUGUACAGCCCUGUCUACAGAAACUACCGUUAAAAAAAGAAGUGGUGAUGCAGAAACCACCUGAAGAUUCUUCUUGCAUUCACAACCUUGUUGAGGCUUUGUAUAACUGUUGUUUGUUUGUUUUCUCACUUUCUACUACACUAUGAUGCUUCGAGCACUCUCUCUUUUGUCUUUGCUUCUUUGUUUCUGGAAUAAAUAAAAUCCUAUCUACCAAUUA